GGGCAAAGUGCCACCUUCCAUGUCCCACUUGUACCCCAUAUCUCUCAACCUCACCUCAACCAUUACCGACCCGAGUCCUUGGGCCUCAAUUGCACUCUCCCGACGAGUAGCCUCGCCCAUAUCGAGCUCGGUCUUUUCUCGACCGCUGGAGGAUACUGACACUUACCAAACGUCCCUUCAACUUUACCCCUCCUCCUCCUCGUUCACCAACCGCAAAAAUGUCCCACCCAAGAAUAGAAGAGGUGUCGGACAGCGACUUCGACUCUGACCCUGCCGAGGCCGAUAUCGAUGACUUCGCCGACUCCGAUAUCAUGCGCCGAGUCGAACCCUCCGAGGCCGCUCCUAAAACAGUUCCCGCUGCUGCAGCUCCUCCUCGUCAGAUGCCCGCCAUCGUCCCCGCCGACGCCCCUGCUGGCGGUACCAUGCCCGCCUCAGCCGAUCGAUCUGCCUACGCCGAUUUCCAAUGUCUCUACCCUGUCUACUUCGAUGCAUCACGAUCCCGCGCAGAGGGCCGUCGUGUGGGCGCUGGACUCGCGGUGAAGGACCCCCUCGCGCGAGAGAUCGCAAACGCCUGCUCGAGACUACGCCUACCAACACUCUUUGAGCCUGAAAAGGUGCAUCCGAAGGAUUGGGCGAAUCCUGGCCGUGUCAAGGUCGGGCUGAAGAAGACGCCUGGUCACCCUGUCAAGAACAAGCAUCAUUUGUACCGUCUGGUUGCUGAACACUUGCGCGAGAACCCUACGACCGAAGACAGUCCCGGUCUGCGUGUCCGCAUCGGAGGCCAGCUACAGCCCGAGGCUGGAAAACCCUAUCCCAAGCCCGCUGUGCCGCGCGGGUGGAAGAUGGGCGAGUUGGUACCAUAUCUAAGUGCUGCUAUGACGGGUGGUGGUGUCUCUGAGAAUCUGUUUAAGGAUAUGAUGAAGGAGAUGCAGGGUGGCGGAGACCCAAUGUCGGCUCUUAUGGGUGCACAAGCAGGUGGCGGCGAAGAGAGCAGCAGUGGUGGUAGUAAGAAGAAGAAGGAUAAGAAGGGUAAGGGCAAAGCAUAAGGGGAUCCAUUGUACGGAAUGUCGAGGGUGCCAUGAUCUGGGAAGGAUAGAGAUACCCAGCGAUCAAGCAUGAUCACAUAUGAACAAAAAAGAUGAAAAUGAUUCAAGAUUCAAUCCCUAAAAGCCCCUGGAUGUCAGGGGUGGUUUGGCAAAGCUUGCUUCUGCUACGUAGAUUUGCUAUUCGUUCCCUCA